AUGGAUGGGGUUUUCUAUUUUGACCCAAAAUUGUGUUCUGUUAAUUCUUGGUAUAAUCGGCUGAAAUUGGUGGAGCUGGAAGAAGGGGAGCUAGAAGAUGAUGCAGAUUCACGGGAGGAGGAAGAGGAUGAUCAGGAUUCGGAUGAGGAGCUCGGAGGAUCACUUCCUGAACUUGCACUCAGCACACAAGAUUAUCUUUCACUGCGAGAAACCUCGAGCCAGUUGCUGGAUGGCCACAGAACGUACCUCAAACCACAAAAGGACUGCCGUGUCCUCAUUGGUGGUUUCCGGUGUCCAGAUGCUCUCCCGACAGCAUUAGGAAGUGAGGUGAGAAUGCUAUACCUCAGAGUUUUUGAACAACUCUCAGAAUUGGUUCGUGAAUGUCCAGAUAACUCCAUCAUCCAGGAAAAGAUGAAGAUUCUCAGUAAGCAUUAUGUGCUCUUCCGAAGAACUCGCCAAGAUGGCAGCUGCUUUUACAGAGCUUUUCUGUUUUCCUACAUGGCUUGUCUACAGGAGAUCCUUCGACAAAUGCAAGAUAAACAAGCUGAGGUUACUCGUCUUAUGGAAUGUUUCGAAAUGUAUACAGAUAGAUUCUCUCGUCUUAAGUGGGACGAAGCAUACUUCUUAAAUCCUGAAAAAUACUUCUCAAGUGUUGUUUCUGAGCUCAAUGAGGUUCUCAACGUCAUUGCAGCAGGGUUGCUUACUGAGACUGAAAUCCGGACAGAAGAGUUCUACAAGCAAUCUAUCCCCAAAAAUGUGAAUGUCCUCCAGUUCUGUUGGAAAACGGUGCAAUCGCUGGAUGCUGAAGCUACCACUACACAAAUGAGGGCUUUGACAUACACGCUCGGCAUACCGUUGCGUGUCGAAGUCGUGGAUAAGAGCUCGACGGGUCAAGUUGUGUUAGUGAAGCGCCUCGAUUUCUUUCAUCAGUCAGACUUGAACAAGGGCCCUCUCCAUUUGACUCGGAGCUACCUUUCCUCGAGCACAGCUCCUAAACUGCUGGAGGAGGGAAGCAACGACGCCGACUUGUUAUCAUCUGAUGGCGCACCCUUGCUGACCUUGUUGUGUAGGCGUGGUCACUGUGACAUUCUUUACCGCAAGUGA